UCUAAAUUCACUGUUGAGGGCCGUGGAUUACUUUUGCGAAGGCUUUUUGGAACAUUUCUGAAUUUUGAGAUUCUUUACCUAUCCCUAACGGUGUGCGGAUGCGGGUCUGAGACGAGGCAACAGAAUCGCAGAGGUUGGAGGGCAGGGUCAAAGACAAGCAUGGGCUUGACAGUGGUGAGCCUCUGGAUGUUCUUCAGUGACUUCUUAGCCCCCUGCAAGCCAGCACAUCCCCGUGGAGGUGAAGAGGUGCUCAGUGGCUGUUGGUAACAGGACGUUGGCUUGAUUUGUGGGACCUCUGUGCUGAGGACUGAGCCUUCUCAAAACUCAAAUGGUGGUAAUUAGGAGGCGUUAUCAGUUGUGAGCGAGGACCAGUCGCUAUUUGAGUGUGCCUACGGAACGCCACACCUGGCUAAGACAGAGAUGACUGCGUCCUCUUCCGGUGACUAUGGCCAGACAUCCAAGAUGAGCCCUCGGGUCCCUCAGCAGGACUGGCUAUCUCAACCCCCAGCCAGGGUUACCAUCAAGAUGGAAUGUAACCCCAGCCAGGUGAAUGGGUCCAGAAACUCGCCCGAUGAAUGCAGCGUGACCAAAGGUGGGAAGAUGGGAGCCAGCCCCGACACCGUGGGGAUGGGCUACGGCAGCUACAUGGAGGACAAGCACAUGCCGCCCCCCAACAUGACCACGAAUGAGCGCAGAGUGAUCGUUCCCGCAGAUCCUACACUAUGGAGCACAGACCAUGUCCGGCAGUGGCUAGAGUGGGCGGUGAAAGAAUAUGGCCUUCCAGACGUGGACGUCUUGUUAUUCCAGAAUAUUGAUGGGAAGGAGUUGUGCAAGAUGACCAAGGACGACUUCCAGAGGCUCACCCCGAGCUACAAUGCUGACAUCCUUCUCUCACAUCUCCACUACCUCAGAGAGACUCCUCUUCCACAUUUGACUUCCGAUGAUGUUGAUAAGGCCUUGCAAAACUCUCCACGGUUAAUGCAUGCUAGAAACACAGGGGGUGCGGCUUUUAUUUUCCCAAAUACUUCAGUAUAUCCUGAAGCUACGCAAAGAAUUACAACUAGGCCAGAUUUACCUUAUGAGCCUCCCAGGAGAUCAGCCUGGACCGGCCACGGCCACCCCACUCCUCAGUCCAAAGCUGCUCAGCCAUCUCCUUCCACAGUGCCCAAGACUGAAGACCAGCGUCCUCAGUUAGAUCCUUAUCAGAUUUUGGGACCCACGAGUAGCCGCCUCGCUAAUCCAGGUAGUGGCCAGAUCCAGCUGUGGCAGUUUCUGCUGGAGCUCCUGUCAGACAGCUCAAACUCCAACUGCAUCACCUGGGAAGGCACCAAUGGGGAGUUCAAGAUGACAGACCCCGACGAGGUGGCCCGGCGUUGGGGUGAGCGGAAGAGCAAGCCCAACAUGAACUACGAUAAACUCAGCCGCGCCCUUCGCUACUACUAUGACAAAAACAUCAUGACCAAAGUGCAUGGGAAACGUUAUGCCUACAAGUUUGACUUCCAUGGGAUCGCCCAGGCCCUCCAGCCCCACCCUCCAGAGUCAUCUUUGUACAAGUACCCCUCUGACCUCCCGUACAUGGGCUCCUAUCAUGCCCAUCCUCAGAAGAUGAACUUUGUGGCUCCCCAUCCUCCAGCCCUCCCUGUCACAUCCUCCAGUUUUUUUGCUGCCCCAAACCCAUACUGGAAUUCACCAACUGGGGGUAUCUACCCAAACACUAGGCUCCCAGCCAGCCAUAUGCCUUCUCACCUGGGCACUUACUACUAGAGACCCAAUGGAGGCCUUUCCCAUCCGUGUCCAGUCACCUAGCAGUCACCACAGACUCUAUCAGAGAACACACAUCAGAAGUGCCUCAUGAGGAAUUGAAAAGCUUGACCAUGGCUGGGGAAGGAAGCCAGGAAGAGACCCAAAGACUCACAGGGGUGGGGAUCACCAAAGUUUUAGUACACAAAUACAGGAGGCUCCAAAUGUAAUGGACAUGGACUUAUAACCUGUGGUCCACCCUUGUCAAAGGCAUUGUAGGUAGAAGCAUAAAAUUCUGAGGACAACUACCAAAGGAUGUGGCCUUAAGUAGUGUAUAAACUGUAGAGUGUGGGACCCUGUCAUAUAAAUCAAGACUCAAUGAAAGCAAUAGAGAGAACAGUCUCGGCCUAGCAUACCAUUUGUAAUGUCAUUUGAAGGAAGACUACCUGUAUUUAAAAAUAGAAACAUAUCAAAACCAAUCAAGAAGACAAGAGAGAUGGUGGCCCCUCCGCAGACCAAAUUGGUUGUGGGUCUCCUUGGCCUGUGUUUACUGUUUUGGUUGAAAUCAGAUUCAUUCCAUUUGAUAGAGAGCUACACGCUCUGUCAAACUGUGAAGACAACCCGAAGUUUCAUGUUUUCAGUAUUACAGGAACUAUGAGCCACAAGGUGGACUGGGGAAGUGUACCGAGAGUAAGUGAUUGUAGAAAGAGGACUGGAAGGGGAGGAAGAAGAGGUGGAGGAGGAGGAUGGGAGGGAGGAGGAAGAAGAGGUAGAAGAGGAAGAAGAAGAGAUGGAGGAAGAGAAGGAAAGAGGAGGAGGAAGAGGAGCUAAGGGUUAGAAAGAAGCCGUUCGGCCUGUAAAGCCUGAAUUUAGGACACCAUGGGACCAAAGAGCAUGAGUCAGAGACUUGAGAUUCAGUGCUGUCAGUGUUAUGCCAAACUCCGUGUUAUGAGAACACACACAACUUAAUGGAGGACUGGGGGAAGCAGAAUUCAGAACCAGGAAUAUACAUCUCUUUCUUUGUGAAAAGAAAAACGUAACUGGAAUCGUCUGAUACUUAAAAGAAACAUUCAGGACUUGAACAUGCGGUGGCGGCUUUGUCCUCUACCAGGGCAGGUGAGGGGUGACCUUCACAGCCACCACAGGCACAGAUCACAAAGGCAUUGUGGGUAGGUGGCCUCCAGUUUUCCUUUAUGAGUCGCGAACGCUGUGCGUUCGUCAGAUUGAAGUCUACAAGUCAGUGUUUUUUUUUCUUUUUAUAUAAUAAUUAUAUAACUUAUGCAUUUAUACACUACGAGUUGAUCUCAGCCAACCAAAGACACACCACAAAAAGAGACAAUCAGUGAUACAAUGUGGCCUUGAGUUUUAACCCUGUAAUGCUUAAUGUUUACAAUAUGAAGUUACUAGUUUAGAAUGCAGAAUGUAUGUAAUAAAGAAAGCUUGGCCUCACAUGGUGAAUCAGAGUCACGGCAGUCUGAAUUUGCAGUUCUUUAACUGGCCAAUGUUACCUCAUAGAAACUUGUGCCAGAUCUUAUGCGCUAUCAUUGUAUUUUGCUCAGGGACCUUAUGCAAGUAAGGCUCAUGGAGCUAGGCUGUUGCACAUGCAAACUGUGUGGACCUCUCACUAGCCCAUUCCUGCAUCGUUCGACGGGAAGACCAGAAGUUUACUUUGGUGUCUCUGUAUUCCUUCUUCCUAUCAGGAAAAGAGGCCCCUACAGCUGAGGUUGUCACUGAGAAAUUCCAGUUCCACACUGGUCAUCAGCCACCCAGAUUAUGUCAUUAUUGGUAAAUCAAGCACAGACAGCUGCAGAUUCUCACUUCAGAGCCUUGAGGGAGGUUUGGGAAGUGGCUCAGUUCGCACAGCGCUUGCCUUACGACUUGAGGACCUGAGUUUGAUGGUUAGACACAGUGUAAAAAGCUAGGUGUGCUAGCUUGCGCUUGUAAUCCAGCAACUGCAAAAUGAGAAGGGGGCAGAGAGGCUGAUCCCUAGAACUCACUGGCCAGCUAGCCAUUGACAGACACGAUCUCAAAAAGGCAGAAGGUAGUUAUCCUCUGACCCCCGAAUACACACACACACACACACACCAUGAAGCCUCAAGUGAUAGCAGGAUCUCCCGGCUAGACUGCUGUUCGGAUCUUCGCAUUCUAGAAUCAUCUGAGAACUCCGUUUGGGAUUCUGGGCCCUAAGGUGACCUUCCCAGCUCUCCCUUGCACACGCUGUGUUUUUCCUGACCCAACAUCAGUUUUCUCGGACAUCUGUUCUUCAUGUCCUGGAUGAUGCCCACCUUGGCCAAGGCGAAGUGGUAGAGCAGACAUGGCGCAGGCCGCCUGUGCAGAGAGAAGCCGGCCGUGGGCCCCUCUUAGCCUGAGUCAGUUUCUAAAUUGGCCAUGUUGUAGCUGUUUCAGGGCUCAGUUAGCACUUUGUAAUCCCUUUGCUAUGAUUCCACGCACUUGCCAAACCCCUGUACUGUGGAAAUUUUGGCAACGGUCUGUGAACUCGGUAGGAUAUGAUUACCAAAGCUUCAGACACCCCUCAUUACUGGGAUUGAGAGGAGCCCAACCAUCAAUCAUCCUGAAAUGGCUUGGGAAAGGCCCACAGAGCUCCUGCAUCUCCUCAGGAGAAAACACGAGGAAAUCUUCAAAGCUGGUGGCUGCGGGGACCCCAGACAACUCUAAGGGAAACCGGCAGUGAUUUUUUUAUUUCACAAUGCCGAGCAGAGGCACACCUGCAUUCUGUGUAUUCAUGUCCAAAUUCACUCAGAUAAUCACUGAAUCACCCCUUUCAAGACUGCAUUGUGAGGGAAAUAAUAAAAACAAGCCAUGGUGAUUAUAUUAGAUCCUAACAGAUGUUUUCAGUUAGAUCCCUUGCACCCCAACCCCCCCCCGGGUUAUUAGCAAGUCCAGGGACCAGUCUGAGCAACUGGGGUAAUUUGAGAUAAUAUGGUAAUAGCGAGUUCCCUUGAAUAAAUAAUUCUUAAACUGCCUUGAAAUAACAGUACAAGGUUAAUGCGUGAUUCUGUCCUAAUCUCAUUCCAAAGCCUUCUCCUGUAAUGAGAUCCCCUGCUCCCUCCCUACUUUUUGCUUCUCCCCUUCUGACUUGCCCUGAUUUAGGAUGUGUUCCUUGCCUGAACCUCUCCUGUUGGCAUAAGUGUAUCUUCUGUCAUCUUAAAUAGCCUUUGGGAGUUUAUAUCAAGACCUUAUUACCACUGCCCACUGGGUGGAGGCCCUUGCUGCGUUGUGGGGGAUCCUAAUGGCUUGCUUUGUCAAGAUAGGUGUCAGGGCAGGGCUCUGUGCUCCUUCUGAGCACCCCUUUGCAUGGGUGGUUGAGGCACGGGUCCCUGGGAGCCAGGCCUCAACCUCAGAAGGUAGGUGCUGUACCCCUGACAGAGGCCUUCAAGCUGGGGAGGUGAUGCUAAACGGAAACACAAAUGUCUUAUAAGUCCGAUGACCCUGCAUCUGUGGAAAGAGCAAGGUAAAGCUGAAAACCCUGGUUGAGAUCAGCGCACUAGAGCAUGAGGCCCUGGCUCUGUGUAAAGAGCUACACCACUUGCUCUCACUAUCAUAGACAGAGACACUUCGAUGGGCCACACCGUCCCUACUGUGGUGGACCAAAAUCCCUGUGACUAUGAGCCCCAGUGAAUCCCUCCUUCUUAAAAGUUGCUUCUGUUGGCUGGUGUAAGUCGGUGGUGGAAACCUGCCUAGCAUGAACAUGGCUCUAGGCUUUACU